AUGCAGCCGAGCGUCAGGAAGAGGCCGAGCUCCGGAGCAGCGAUGUUCACCUGCAGUCGCUCGGCCAGUUCUGCAGAGUCGGUUCUGCCGAAGCCUCGGUUCCACCUGGACCUCUGGCUCAGCUUCACCGUCCAGAACUGGGUCCUGGACGUGGGCCGACCUGUUGCCACGCUCCUCCUCCCAGAGAACCUGUUUCCUCUGAACCGUCCUGGUGCAGCAGAGCUUCUCCACCUCCUCUACAACGUCACGGCUCCGCUCAUCCUGCUCAAAGUAACUGCAUCAGAACACGUCACACAGAACACGUGACUCAGAACACGUCACACAGAACACGUGACUCAGAACACGUCACACAGAACACAACACGUUAACACGUUUCUCUGUUCUCCAUCGCAGAUGCUGGAGCGCAGUCCCAGGAUCCUUCCCGUCCCGGUCGUCCACCUCGGCAUCAUCUCCAUCGUCAUGGGAACCAGCUUCCACCUGGUGGCCGACCUCAUCAGUCGUCGGCUCGUGUUGAUUGGCUACGAGCUGCACCUGUCAGUCAGAGAGAACCCGGUGAUGCAGGAGCUCAGGCCCUCCUCAUUGGUGGGUACCGGGUCAGACUCCAUGAUAAAAGAUGAACGUGACAGAAGUCUUUUUGUUCUGCAGAUGGAUUUGUUCGAGCUCCUGUUUGGUUCCGACGACUCUCUGGGUCACAUGAUGUGGUAUGUUCCUCUGUUCCUCGUGCUCCUGUUCUUCUUCAGCGGUUGUUUCUGCCACCGGACGCAGGCGGACAGGAUGACCCCGGCGGCCUGGACGCUGCUCCUUCCAAACACCGCCUACUACUGGUUCCUGAUGACUGAAGGUCAAACCUUCAUCCUCUUCAUCUUCACCUUCUUUGCAAUGACCGCCACAGUGAUGCACCAGAGGGGGCGGGGCCUGGUCCCUGACAGUAACGGCCUCUUCAUGCUCAGCAGCUUCUCUGCUGCUCUGGUCCUGGUGCUGCUCUGGGUUUUGUGUCUGUGGGACGACGGCGUCCUGAGGAGGAAACACCCGGGGCUGAUCUACGUCCCUCAGCCUGGUGCUGUCUAUUCACUGCACCUCCACCAGGUCAACUCCACCAGGUCGACUCCACCCACACCUGACCUGCUCCUCUGA